UCCGACCCGCGGGGGUGGGAGAGAGAGGUUGCAGGCGAAGGGCGGCGCGUGUCAUCAUAGCCGGGGAGGAAGAGGAGGCGGAGCCGGGCCGGGCCCUGACUCGACUGAGCGCCUGGUGCAAUCCGCGCUGGCUGCCGCAUCAGCCGGGCCGGCGCCGCGGGGCGGAGCGCCAAGCCGGGAAGGGCGGCGCUGGGGCUGCGGGAGUUACAUCAUCCCCCGGCGGCGCGGGCGAGAGAGGCACAGCGCCUGCUCGGGCAGCGGGGCUCAGACAAAGGCGCGUCGCCAUCCCGGUCGGUGCCCUCGUCCUCGCCGCCGGGAUGGAGCGGGGCGGCUGCUGCUGCUGCUGCUGCUGAAAGGCGGGGCGCGGGAUCCGCACCCCGAGGGGGGAUCCUGUGGUGUGUGUGUCCCGCGCUCCUGGGAGUCCGGAUCUAGCCCAGCCGCCGGGACUCCCUCUCCUCCCCCCAACCUCGCCGCAUCGCCAGUCCGGGAAGGAAAAAAGCUCGCUGAGGGCGAGGAGGCAAGAGGAGAUCUCCCAUCCACACGCACACACGCUGCUCUCCCGGGAGCGCCGUCGCGGCCUCGGUCGCCAAAGAUGAGUCUGCUUGCCCAGGAGUGCCAGGCAGUGGUUGCUCCAGAGAAGAAGCAGCGGCUGGACUUUGAUGAUGCAUCACAGGCUGGCACCCCAGAGGCCAAGCGCCCACGUCUUGGCCCGCUGCCAGGGUUAACCCCCUGCCUCCAGCUCCUGGCUCGCCCCCUCCCUGCCAAAGACCAAGAUUCAAGGAUCUCCCAGAUUGGCCCAUAUAUCCUUCUGGAGGCCUCUGACGGGGGUUGCUGCUACAGGGCUGUGCACAGACACACAGAGGCAGAAUACACCUGCAAGGUUUAUCCAGCGAAGAGCUACCCAGAGGUGCUGGCCCCUUACGCCGCCCUUCCCUGCCAUCCUAAUGUUGCCCGAGUGGCUGAUGUGAUCGUUGGGGACCAGAACGUCUAUGUCUUUCUCCAGCCCGGGAGGGACGACAUGCACAACCAUGUGCGGCAGCGCAAGCGCCUGCCAGAGCGGGAGGCUGCCGCUCUCUUCCGACAGAUGGCAGAAGCUGUCACCCACUGUCACCAGCACGGCAUUGUCCUUCGGGACCUCAAGCUGAGGAAGUUUGUCUUUGCCGACAGAGAAAGAUCCAAACUUCUGCUGGAGAAUUUGGAGGACUCCUGUGUGCUGAACGGUCCCGACGACUCCUUGGAAGACAAGCACGGCUGUCCGGCCUAUGUGGGUCCCGAGAUCCUCAGCUCAAAACCUUCCUAUUCUGGCAAGGCGGCGGAUGUGUGGAGCCUGGGUGUGGCGCUUUAUACCCUGCUGGUGGGGUGCUACCCCUUCCAAGACACCAAGCCCGCCUCGCUGUUUGGCAAGAUUCGUCGCGGGCGCUUUGCUGUCCCUGAGGACCUCUCCCCCAAAGCCUGCUGCCUCAUCCGCUGCCUCCUGCGAACAGACCCAUCCGAGAGGCUGACGGCCAGCGGGAUAUUGUUGCACCCGUGGCUGGCUGAUGGGGGCGUCCCCGAGGGCUCGUGGGGCAGCCCCUCCAGGGAGCAGGGGCUGGAGCAGGUGGUCCCAGAAGCGGGGAGCUUGAGGAAGGUCAAGGACACAGAGGAGGAGGAAGAGGAGGGAGGCCUGUACAGUUGAGCUACCAAUGAGAGGAAGAUGGCUGAAGAAGUUGGCUCACCUCGCACACUGGAAGGGUGUUCCCUCCCACCCGUCGGGCCCGUGAAAGAAGUGCCUUUGCCAGCAAGUUGAAAAGAAGGUGCUUUUUGCAUCCAAGCCAAGGAAGAAGUGGGGGGGAGGUGUCAAUGCCUCCCUUGCAUCAUAGUGGGCCCUCUGCAGUGCGCUCGCUGACAUGUGCCAAAGAACCGUCCCUGAACUCUUGUUGUCACCUGCAAGAAUCUCCUGCAUUAAGAAAGGGGUGCCUUUAACACACUUUGCAUCCCUGCCCAACUCCCAAACUAAGGAUUGAAGCUCUGAGCUGCUUUCCCCAUCGAAGCUUUGAAAACGGCAUUGUGGCCGCAGCGGGAUGUUUGCCAAAAGAGGUUCAGGUUGCAAAAGGCCAGAUUACCCAAACCUCCCUGUCUGUUUCCGAGGACUGGGUUUUGCAAUCUGCCGUCUCAGUCAAAGUGCUGGACUUUAACGCCGGAGUUGUUUUUGUUUGGAAGAAGUGGCUGUAAAGAGACUCUCUCCCCUGGUGCAGCCUGACUUGAGAAAACGGCACUUUAUAAGAGAAGGGUGUUCCCUUUUUACUGGUGGCAAACAAAGGGCCCAUGGCUUGUUUGGGCCAGUGUCUUGUGAGAGAGGGAGACUGGGUCAGCAGCGAGGCAUGGCCCCCUUCCCCCACGCCUGCCAACAACUUCUAGAAAAUGUGUGGCCUUAAAAAAACACAACCAAAACCUCCCCCCCCCCAAUUUUACCACAGUGUCUCCAAUUCUUGCCCUGUCCUUACGAGGAGGCUCGUGGCUAGUGGGGUUUGUGGGCCCUGCCCUUGUCUCUACUUGAAUUUACCUCAGUACUUGACAGUUUUUUUGGGAUCUGGGCUGUAUUGAUGGGCCCCAGUUUGAGGCCUCCCCCACAGUGCCUUUACUAACCCUCCCUAUUUCUCUGGGGCUGACACAUAAAUUUGACCAUGCCGGUUUUGGUUUGGUCUUGUAAAAUGGAA